UACAACAAGCCAUAUGCUAUAUGCGCUUGAAUGCCAAAUUUAAUUGCCGCCGCUCUUUGCAUGUUCGACUAAAAAUAUAAAAACAUUGGAAAAGUGCGACUUUCGUUUUUCCAUCGACUUUCAUUUCGUGCGCGCAGCUCAACGUUUCGCUUGCCAUUGAAAAAAGUGUCAAAAUAAAGGUGCUAACAUAUCGAAAAUAAAUCAAGUCAGUCAGUCAAUCCGUCGAGCUAAAAUAUAUAACAUUUUGAUUGAAUUGUGCAACGUGUUUGAGUGAAUUUAUCGUGAACGCUUUUUGGAUUAUGGCCAUCAUGGACACCGCCUGGCGUUGCCGUCUGAUGAUCUUUGGUAUCGUUUCCCUGCUGCUGGUGGGCGAUCUCUUUGGCUAUGGCGGCGGCAUGAAGUCUGACCACAGCGAUCCCCAUUCGGUGGGCGUACGCAGCGCUGCUGCUGGUGCGGCCAGAGCUGGUGGCGGCGUUGGUGUCCCCACGGGUCCAGCGGCUGCGGCAGCCAGCAAGUUCCAGCAGUCGAAGAGCGCCGAAAUCGAUAUAACCGAAGAGCACGACUUCAAUGAGUUUUCAGCGGCAGCUGCCCUCAAGCCAGGCAUGGCUGUGGUGACUGGUGCCAGCCUGAAGACCAAAUCCCAGCUGACGGACACCAUCAAGGAGUCCUGUCUGCCCAAAAUGUUGUGCGAACUGGCCUCGAAGCCAGAGUAUCAGCUCAGCGAGAAGGAGAGAGAGCUGCUACGACUGAUUAGAUCACCGACAAUGCCCUGGAUGAUGAAUAUGCCGCCGAGCAAAUGGUAUUUUGCCGCCCACAUGGGUGAACUGAUGCGCCACACGGGAGACAAUCUGAGCGGACCCAUGGGCUGUGCCAAUUUGUGGCCCAAUUGCCCGAUCAGCUCCAAGAAGCUCAUGAAGCUGAGCUACAAAGUCAGGGUCUAGGCCCAACACGUGUUGUGAUCUGAACUGCAAAUCAUUUGUCAUUCUGUCUAUAUUCUGUUUAUAUGCUAAGUAUUAGAGUUAGUUUGACCUCACCUCAGCUUUUGUACCAUAUGUUUUUUCACUGUCGCUUACCUUAUAAACCCUUCGACCCAUUACACCUUAAGUUUAUUUAGUAAACACUCCCAAGGCAUGACUGAUGUGACAAUAGAACUGUAUAGAACAGAAGGGCAAUCCGCCCUGUGGCUGCUGCUGUUAGCUGUGCGAGUCCUAGGCUUAGUCAAGUAGUUAAGUGUGAUGUGACUCUAGUCACAGUCUUAGGCAUAAGUUCGAUGCUCCUGUAAUUGUUAAUAAAUUACCAUUUAUUGUUCAUU